AUGCUACCAAAAACUAAGAGAAAAAAUCAAGAUGGAUCAUGCAUGAUUUUGAUAAUCUUGGCAUCUCCCUGUAUUUUUAAAUUUAGCAUGCGUGGGGGGAAUUACCUGCUGCCCUCGCACUCCUCGGUCUGCAGAGGGCGCACUUGCCUCUUUCAGGAGGAUGGGCGGGGCCGCAGCGGCCGAGAGAGCUUGACGGUUGGCCGGUGGGGAUGCCCAUCACGGCGUCCCGCCUCCGCAUACGUCACAUGACGCAGCCCAUCAUGGCGGCAGCGCGGCUGCCCGGGCCCGCGGCUCCGCAGGGCUGCUGCCGUUGCUGCUGUUGAGAGGCGGCGGCGGGAAGGAUGGUGUUUGCGCGGCCGGGGCGGCGGGCUGAGGGGCGGCCGACGGAGCGGCGCUGAGGCAGCGUGGGGAAAGGCAGGACCGGCGGACGGAAGGCCACCCGAGAGCCGGUCCCGGGGGCGAGAUGCCGGGGCCUCCAUCGCGGCUGCUGCUGCUGCUGGUCCUCCUGGGCGCCGGCCAUGCCGGGGCCGCGCCGCUUCCGCAAACAGGUGCAGGGGAGGCCUCCGCUGCAGAAGUCCCCUCGUCUUUUGUGAUCCUGUCUGUGUGCAGUUUGAUUAUAUUAAUCGUGUUAAUUGCAAACUGUGUGUCCUGCUGCAAGGACCCGGAGAUAGACUUCAAGGAGUUUGAGGAUAACUUUGACGAUGAGAUAGACUUCACGCCACCAGCCGAAGACACUCCGUCCAUCCAGUCCCCGGCAGAGGUCUUCACUCUCUCAGUGCCAAAUAUCUCCCUGCCUGCCCCGUCCCAGUUCCAGCCUUCUGUAGAAGGUUUGAAGUCUCAAGUAGCCCGCCACAGCCUGAACUAUAUACAGGAAAUCGGGAACGGCUGGUUUGGGAAGGUCCUCCUUGGAGAGAUUUACACAGGCACUAGUGUAGCAAGAGUGAUAGUGAAGGAGUUAAAAGCCAGCGCGAGCGCCAAGGAUCAAGAUACCUUCCUGAAAAAUGGAGAACCUUACUACGUUCUUCAGCACCCGAACGUCCUCCAGUGUGUUGGACAGUGCGUGGAAGCGAUCCCCUAUCUGCUGGUGUUUGAGUUCUGCGACCUGGGUGACCUGAAGGCCUACCUGCGCAACGAGCACCUGCGGGGGGAUGCGCAGAUCAUGCUGCUGCAGAGGAUGGCGUGCGAGAUCGCUGCGGGGCUGGCGGCCAUGCACAAGCUGCACUUCCUGCACAGCGACUUAGCAUUGAGGAACUGCUUCCUGACUUCUGACCUAAACGUCAAAGUGGGGGACUACGGGAUAGGCGUCAGCAGGUACAAGGAGGACUACAUUGAAACAGACGGCAAGCGAAUGCUUCCGCUGCGCUGGACGGCACCCGAACUGGUCACCAGCUUCCAAGACAGGGUCCUGACCGCAGACCCGACCAAGAACAGCAAUAUCUGGUCCCUCGGCGUGACGCUCUGGGAGCUUUUCGAUGGUGCUGCCCAGCCCUACUCCAGCUUGUCCAACCUGGACGUCCUGCAGCAGGUCAUCCGUGAGCGGCAAGAGAGACUCCCCAAGCCGCGGCUGGAGCAGCCCCACUCUGACCGCUGGUAUGAGGUGCUGCAACUGUGCUGGCUGUCCCCCGACAAGAGGCCGGCGGCCGAGGACGUGCACCGCCUGCUGACUUACCUGCGCAUGCAGAGCCAGCGCGACUCAGAGGUGGACUUCGAGCAGCAGUGGAACGCCCUGAAGCCGAACACGCACAGCCGGGACGCGGCCAGCAACGCCGCCUUCCCCAUCCUGGACCACUUCGCCCGGGACCGGCUGGGCCGCGAGCUGGAGGAAGUCCUCACCGUGACCGAGACGAGCCAGGGCCUGAGCUUCGAGUACGUGUGGGAGGCCGCCAAGCAUGACCACUUCGAGGAGCACAGUCGGGGCCACCCAGACGAGGCCCUGUCCUACACGAGCAUCUUCUUCCCCGUCGAAGUGUUCGAGAGCUCGCUGACUGAGCCGGGGUCCAGCAAGCAGGACCACAGCGGCCAGGAUGUCCCCCUGCGGGCCCCUGGCGUGGUCCCUGUGUUUGAUGCCCACAACCUCUCUGUUGGCAGCGACUAUUACAUCCAGCUGGAGGAGAAAGGUGGGGACCACCUGGAGCCGGAUUAUCCGCCUGCCCAGCUCACGACCGAGCUAGAAAACCCGGACAGGACGGGCGCCGAGGCGGCCCCGCUCCCAGCUCUCCGGGGCCUGGAGCUCGAGGAGUCGAGCGUGGAUGAGGAUUUCUUCCAGGGCAGUGCGGCUCCCGGGGUGCCCAGCCUGGCCGAGGAGCUGCGGGUGGCCGUGGGCCCUGAGAGCCCAGCCCUCGGCCUGUUCAAUGAGCUUGACAGACCUGAGGACCGGCCCGGCCACCAGAGAAUAUUUGACCUCAUGGAAUUAGACGGAAUGCAGGCAAACUCAAGGGCAGUCCCUUUAAGUUCAGGUCCAAAGGAGCCCCAAGAGACAGCAACGAUGCGACCUCUGGAGAGACGAGAUCCCCCCAGUUUCUUGGACUGCGAGCCGCUCGGCUGGCCGGGAGGUGUCACGCACCAGGACGGCCUCGAUCCCCUGAAUAUGCAGGAGCUGUCAGAAAACUUUGUAUUCCUUCAGGAGAAGAACUUGCUGAAGGGCUCGCUGUCAGACAGGGCACGUCCGAGCGAUCUCCAGGCGGAGCCGCAGGCAGUGGGUGCCAGCAGGAUGCCAGCCGAGACCUCAGGCGGAAGCUCCGUAGACAGCGAGCUGGCGUUGGCGGGCAGUACCUCGGGGGUGCCCUCCGUGAGGCAGAGCCGGGGUCAGGAUGCAGGCCACCCGCUGCCCUCUUCCCCUGCGACCUCGCUCCAGGCCGAGGGAGAGCUCCCCGACCUGAAGCCCGGGGAGACCCCGCGCCCCUGUUUGGAUGACAGUGUCCUUGGGGAGUGUCCCUGCCUGGAUGCAGAGCCCGUGGCCGUCCCGGCAGAUGGGAGCCCCACAGGCAUGGGCACUGGAGCCGAGGACUCUGCCCACUGCGGCGAGGAGGCCCUGAGGCCAAGCGCAAGCGGUACCGCUGCCCGUGGCGGCGUCCUGGAGCGGAACCUGGGUGAGGCGGGCCCGGGAGAGCCUCCCGCUCGGCACCUGCCGCCACCGCAGGAGACGGCCACUCUGGCGGCCGGCGGCCAGCUCGGUUACACCACGGGAGCAGGCCUGGCGUCCGCCUUGUCCUCCGAUUCCACCAGCCAGGACAGCCUCCUGGAGGACAGUGUGGCCACGGCCGUGCUGACCUCAGAGCAGUCCGCCGAGACCCCCGACUCCCUGGACUCAAUGGACGUGCACACGGCGCUGCUCGACUCCCUCGGCUCCCACUCGCCGCAGAAACCGCCUGCCCCCGAGAAGCCGGCGGACAGCGGCUACGAAACCGAGAACCUCGAGUCGCCCGAGUGGACGCUGCACCCCGCGCCCGAGGGCACCACCGCCGGCGACGGGGCUCCCGGCACUGCGCCUCCCAACCCGGUCAUCGUCAUCUCGGACGCGGGCGACGGCCACAGAGGCGCCGAGGCGGCCGCGCACACGUGCUCCCAGGGCUCCUACCGGGACUCGGCGUACUUCUCUGAUAACGACUCUGAGCCUGACCGGAAGGCAGAGGAGGCCCCGGGAACCUCCUCCAUGCCGACCUCGGUGCUGGCUGAGAGUCAGCCCCCGCCUGAGCCGGUCAUCCUGGAGCCGAGACCCUGUGCCCAGGACGGUGGCCUGGAAGCGGGCCCCAGCCAGCCGGACCCUGGUGGCUGCUCCCCCGCCCUGCAGGAUUCUGGUGACCUGGAGUGGAGAGCCGUGCCAGAGCCCACCCUGGCCGAGGUGUCUGGCGAGGCGUGUCCUGCUGAGGGCGAGGCAAGCAGCCCCUUGGGGCUGUGGCACUCGGAGCUGAGCAGCAGCGAGGACUUGGAGGCCCCGGAAGAUCGGCCCUGCACACUUGCCUCCACUGGAACCAACACGCACGAGCUGCUGGCCUACACGCAUUCCGCGGCUGAGAAGCCCUUGUCCUGCCACUCUGAGGGCCCCAAGCUCAAGGAACCGGACAUCGAAGGGAAGUACCUUGGGAAGCUGGGCGUGAGCGGGGCGCUCGACCUGGCCGAGGACGGCGUGGACGCCGACGAGGAGGACGAAAACAGCGACGACUCGGACGACGACCUGCGGGCCUUCAACCUGCACAGCCUGAGCUCCGAGUCGGAGGACGAGCUCGAGCAUCCCGUGCCUGUGGUCCUGAGCAGUGACGACGGCAGGCACCUGCGCAGCCUGCUCAAGCCCGCGGCCGAGCCCGGGCCGCUGCCCGAGGAGCGGAAGGAGAGGAAGGCCGUCACCUUCUUCGAUGACGUCACCGUCUACCUGUUUGAUCAGGAAACUCCUACCAAGGAGCUGGGGCCCUGCGUGGGAGAAGCACAUGGUCCCGAGCCUGGCAGCCCGUUGCUGUCCACAGGGCCGCCCUACCUGAGCAGGUGCAUAAAUUCCGAAAGUUCCACUGAUGACGAAGGUGGAGGCUUUGAAUGGGAUGACGACUUCUCCCCAGACCCGUUCAUGGCCAAGACGACAAGCAGUCUUCUGGCCUCGCAGGCCUCCCUGCAGUCCAAGUACUUCUCCCCGCCCCCGCCCGCCCGCAGCCCUGAGCUGAGCUGGCCUCCCCCAGCGCCUUGCUCCAGGUUCUCCAUCUCACCCGCCAACAUCGCCAGCUUCUCGCUCACACACCUCACAGACUCGGACAUGGAGCAAGGAGGAAGCAGCGAAGACGGAGAGAAAGAUUAGGCAGCUGUGGUCAACUCCGGGUCUGUGGCCUGCGUGACCUGCCGAGUGACGUCCGCCGGCGUUUGCUGACAUGAGAUGUGGGGCAGAAGCAGGAGGCGCACACGGAGGUGGCCCUGAGCCCUGUCCAGUUCGGGGCCUUCAGAGAGCCCGGCUGGGGCAGAUCCCGGGUCCCCGGCAGCUUGAUGCGCUGCCACGCCGGGGUCCCGCUGAGGCUGGGCACAUAGGCCACGCGUCUGUUCUCCAAGGGAGCCCUUGCCCGCCCGGG